AUGUCACUUCCACUGAUUCUGAGCCCCCAAGUUUUGGGGCUCGCGGCAGGGGGUUUGAGCAAUCUUCGAAAUAUUGCAGGCAAGCUCAGCUUCAUCCAGAGGGAAGGAAAUGUGACUUAUCUGCGGGACAAGGAGCUGGCCACGGAAGUUCCAACCGAGACAAAGUUUGAACUGUUCGAUCCAAGGAACACUUUACGCACUGCCAGAUUCCACUAUACCUGGGACUUCGGCAACGGAGAGGUGCUGAAGGGAUCGGAGCCGUCUGUGCACUAUAACUACUCAUCCCCUGGAAACUACACUCUGCGGCUGAGAGUUGGGGCCCAAGUGAACAAAACCUCUAGUCCACUAACUGGGGUAUACACCAUGGACGUUACAGUUUUGGACGCCAUCAGAAAUAUUGAAUUGAGCCCUUUGAGUUUCCAGGUUUCCAGAAACAACAGUCUGGUUGUUCAUGUGGAUGGAAGUCCUCCCAUGUGGGUCUGUUGGAGGUUCCUACAGAACUGUGAAUCGGCAACCCCUACAGGCUGUCACCUGACCAUGCUGUAUGAGAACACCAUGACACUGAACCACACCUUCACAGCUUUAGGAGUCCACUGUCUGGACAUCAGCGCCCGCAACGACAUCAGCAAACUGCAGACCUCCUACAACAUCUUUGUGAGGAGAGAUCCCCCGAUUAACCUGCUCUUCACCCUGACAUGUACUGGGAUCAUCUUGGUAAUACUCGCCUUCAUCACUGUUAUAGCCUGUCGCACUAAGAAUGGACACAAUAACAAACCACAGAUGUCUAACUCCAGUAACGCCACUUACUCCAGUAUGAACAUGGAACUGCAGCCACAACAGAACAUCCCUGAUAUCAGUAGUGAUCUCUAUGUGUCCAGGCCAAAGAACGAAGAGGUCCAACCCCUUCUACAGCACGGGACCAGAUCUGUCGCCAAAUCCUACCGCAACUAGUCUUCAUUUACACACUUUGAUUUGAGCUUUGUGUUGGACUGAUUCAAGCCAAAUGUUAAUAGUUUGCUAACAAUGUAUAGUUUGAGAUUAAUAUAUGGCACCCGUAACAUUGAACUAUACAUUGUCAGUGAUGUAAUACCGAUGUAGAUUACAUUCCCCUGUCUGUGUGGAUGUUAAUACUUACACUAUUUUGCCUCUGAUGAUCUCAUCCUCAGACCCAGCCAAAAGCCUGACCUCGAAAACUAAAUAUCCAUCCAAGGGGUUUUAGAGGAUUGGAUAUUCUAUGAUAAUAGAUGACAGCUGCCAGUAACCCUGUAGGGAAGUGUCCUAAUGUGUAUUAUUACCCAGUGAUUUAUAUAUACGCUAGAUGACUGAUCAGUGGUGCUGUGUUGAAUCCACCAUGCCUACAUUUUGGCACUCCCCCACCAUUGUAUAAACAUUUUGGGAAGCUAUAGAAAUGCAUUUAUUCAUGUCUAUAUUCAUUCUUGCCACAUUUAUUAUAUUACAGACACCUUAUCGCAUACAUUUAAAUUACAUUUCAUUACUAAUGUUACUAUCCCCACUAAAACAAAAAAAUACUUAAAUACAUGUAAUUUUGUCCCUGAAACAUUUUUUUGAAAUACUGUAGAGUUCCAUUCAUUCCUAUGGAGGACUGCUCCUACUGGGGAGUGCCAAACUGCAGACCGAUGGCUUCAAAGCCUCUCAAUGGCAAAUAGAUAGCAUAAGCAAUCCAGUUUUAUAUAUACAUUGCUGGUAUUACCUAACCAUACUGUCUGUCACCACAGAUGGUCCAUUACAUUGACCAGAUACUCCAUUGGCCACUAAGAAUAAAAAGAAUGUCUUCAAAAAUGUAAGGCAGAUGGGAGGAAAAGAGAUCGGUUAAGACCAUUCUAGCCAAUGAGAGAGCAGAUACACGUGUGAUAACAGGCAGAACCAAUGAGAGAGCAGAUACAUGUGUGAUAACAGGCAGAACUCUGAUAUAAGGGACUUUUUAUGUCACAUCCUACUAAUAUCAGUACAGUCAUAACAACCUAAGCAUUACAAAACCAUUAUUAGAUCAAAUAAGCCACACGUUGAAAAUUAGCCAUUACAUUUUUGGUAAUCACACUCAUUGACCUCCAUACAAAAAACCUGGCUUGGUGAGAGGAAAAAAACAACAACAAAACGCCACCUGCUGGAGAAGACAGAUUUUGGGCCGAGUUAUUCCUCUGCUGUCACCAAACCCACCUUUCAGUCAGGGCAACAGAGAUGAAUUCAUGACUAAUGACAAUGACCUUGAUUGACAGAUGGCUUUAGCUUACAUAUUUUAUUUUGCAGAAAGUUUCAUUUGGGUUUGGGAGUGUGACUCAUCAACAUCUUUGGAACAUUUUAAUUUGAUUUACAAAAUGUUUUUAUGGAAUGCCAAGAAAGUCAAUAAUGAAAGUAAAAAUAAAUCAAGCGUCAUUAUCAGUAAGAAGUGUUGUUAUAUUUACAAUGUUAUUCACAGGUUAUUGUCCCCCAAAAUGUAUGUAUUUGUUGGGUA